AUGAACCUCAGAGACAUUAUGCUAAUUGAAGUAAGUCAGCUGCAGAGUGACAAGUACUCGGUGAUCCCGCUUAUAUUAGAUACAUGCGUCAGUCAGCUCUCGGAGAUAGAAGGGGAAUGGUGGUUUCCGAAGGCUUGGCGAGGAAGGAAUGAGGACUUAGGGGUAAAAGACCACUCCACACAUAACCAGUCCCACAAAUGGCACAGAAAUGGCAUCAAGAAACCCCGGUCACAGAGAUACAGAUCUCUUAAGGGGGUUGACCUCAAGUUCCUGAGGAACAUUCGCCUUGCCAAGAAGCACAACAAGAAAGGCCUGAAGAAAAUGCAGGCAAUGAAUGCUCAUGCUGAGGUCAUUAAGGUCAUUGUGAAGCCUAAGGCCAUUAAGCCCAAGAUGCCAAAGGACCCCAGCUGCAAACUCAGCAGGCUUGCUUUCAUUGCUCAUCCCAAGCUUGGGAAGAAAAUUCGAAGCUACAUGAUCAAGGGUUGUAGAGUCUGCCAACCAAAGCCCAAGGUGCAAACCAAGGCAGAGGCUGAAGCUCCAUCUGAGGCCCAGGCUUCAGCCCCAACUCAGGCUCCCAAGGGUACCCAGGCCCCUGUGAAGGCCCAAUAG